AUGAAUAUAAGUAAAAGUUUACCAUAUCAUAACAUCAAGACACCAUGUUUUCGAACAUUCUCUAAUAAUAUUGAAAAACAAAUGUAUGAUAUAAAAACGAAUGGAAUUAGCGUUAAUAAUAAUAAAAUUCUGGUACUAAUAGCAUUUGUGACAGGCGAUAUGCCAGCAUUAUCUAAAAUGUCGAAUCAUGUUGAUCAUACAGCUUAUUACAGUUGUAUGUGGUGUUAUGUAAAAGGUCAAUAUUUACAUGAAUGUCGAUGUAUUUUAUUUAAUGGUGGUAUAAAUGAACAACCAAGAACAGAUGAGUCCUAUUUAAAUGAUAUUUAUAAUGUACAAAGAUACGGUUAUCGAGAUCAUUAUGGUGUUAAAGAAGAAGCAAAUAUAUCAUUAUUAAUUGAUACAACAGAACCAUCAACAUUUCUUAUUGAUGGCAUGCAUACAAUAUUUUUAUGUCAUGCAAAAAGGAAAAAGAAAGAUUCAACUGUUUUAUUUAAAUGCACAAUAAACAAAUGUUCAGCAUUCAUAACAAUUGAUCGCAACAACAAUGUUAUUCAUGGCAUGAAACGUAAAAUUGAAGAAGAUCCUGAUCGUCAAAUACCACAAGUGUAUAAAGAACGUUCUAUUUCCGAUCGAUAUGGUGACAUGGUGGGAAAAUUACCUUGUUUAGCUAGUGUUAGAUGA